UGCAGAGAGCUCAAACUGGCGGCGCUCUUAGAAUGCAGAAGUCACCAGUGGAAGAUGCGAACUUCAUCUCCAAAUUUUUCUUCUGGUGGGUAACACCACUGCUAAGAAAGGGCUUCAGAAAGAAGCUGGAUCUGUCAGAUGUGUACAAGGCUCCCUCCUUUGAUCUGGCAGACAAUCUCUCUGAGAGACUUGAAAGAGAAUGGGACAGAGAGGUGGUGUCAGCCACAGCCAAGAGAAAGCCAAAGCUGCUGAGAGCAUUAGCCCGCUGCUUCUUCUGGCCUUUUGCCUUCUUUGGUGUCCUCCUCUACUUUGGGGAGGCUUCCAAGACAGUGCAACCUCAGAUUUCGGGUCGCAUCAUUGCUUCCUUUGACCCAUUCCAUGCUGCAGAGCGAAGUCAGGGACUCUAUCUGUCCUUGGGCCUUUGCCUCCUCUUCACUGCCCGCUUCCUCCUGCUGCAGCCUGCCAUCUUUGGCCUGCAUCACCUGGGCAUGCAGAUCCGCAUUGCCCUUUUUAGCCUUAUAUACAAGAAGACCCUGAAGCUGUCCAGCAGAGUCUUGGACAAAAUCAGCACUGGUCAGCUUGUUAGUCUGAUGUCUGCAAAUCUCAACAAGCUGGAUGAGAGUCUGGGUCUGGCACACUUUAUAUGGAUCACCCCUCUGCAGUGUAUAUUGUGUGUGGGUCUGGUCUGGGAUCUGAUUGAGGUGAAUGCAUUCUGUGGCAUGGCAGCACUGACUGUGAUGGGCAUCGUCCAGGCCUGGCUCUCCACGAAGAUGGCACCUCAUCGGACGAAGCGAGCGCCGAUAACGAGCCGUCGCCUGGCUCUUACCACAGAGAUCGUAGAGAACAUUCACUCUGUGAAGGCAUAUGGCUGGGAGGAAGUGAUGGAAAAUAUCAUCAAGAACAUCAGGCAGGAUGAGAUGACACUAACGAGGAAGAUUGGAUCUCUCCGUUACUUCUACAGCGCCUCAUAUUUCUUCUCUGCCGUCUUUGUUAUCCUGUCAGCCAUUGUACCAUAUGCACUCACCAAAAGCAUCAGCCUUCGCCCAAUUUUCACCACAGCCUCCUACUUCUUGGUGUUAAGAAUGACACUGACCCGCCAGUUUCCAGGUUGCAUCCAGAUGUGGUACGACACGUUGACACUACUCUGCAAGAUCGAGGAUUUCUUGAUGAAAGAAGAAUACAGAGGACUGGAGUAUAACCUGACCACCUCGGACCUGGAGUUGGUCAAUGUGUCUGCGUCCUGGGAUGAGCACAUUGGUGAUUUGUUUGAGAAGAUUCAGCAGGAGAGCAAAGCAAAUGGACACCUGAGCAGUGACCCAGGACUCUUCUUCACCAAUCUCUAUGUCACACCUGUCCUCAGAAACAUCAGCCUACACCUGGAGAAAGGCCGGAUGCUCGCUGUGGCUGGAUCCACAGGCUCAGGGAAGAGUUCCCUGCUCAUGAUGAUCCUGGGAGAGUUGGUGCCGACAGAGGGUCAAAUUAGACACAGUGGUCGCAUUUCCUUCUCACCGCAGACUUCUUGGAUCAUGCCGGGGACAAUACGUGACAACAUCCUGUUUGGCCUGACCUAUGACGAAUACCGCUACACUUCUGUUAUCCAAGCCUGCCAGCUGGAAGAGGACUUCACUUUGCUACCUGAGAAAGACAAGACGUAUCUCGUCGAUGGAGGGGGGACUCUCAGUGGGGGUCAAAGAGCGCGCCUCUGCCUGGCCAGGGCGGUGUAUAAAGAUGCAGACCUCUAUCUCCUGGAUGCACCUUUCACCCACCUGGACAUCGCUACAGAGAAAGAGAUCUUUGAAAACUGCAUCUGCAAACUUAUGGCCUCCAAGACUCGUGUCGUGGUCACCAGCAAGUUGGAGCAUCUCAAACGUGCAGACAAAAUCCUUCUGCUUCACAAUGGAGACUGUUACUUCUAUGGCACCUUUUUAGAACUGCAGGCCAAGCGUCCAGACUUCAGCUCCCUGUUACUCGGUCUUGAAGCUUAUGACAAUAUCAACGCAGAGCGGCGUGGAUCCAUUCUCACAGAAACUCUUCGCAGGGUUUCAGUGGAUGAAACCGCUGGUUUCCGAGGCCCAGAGCCAAUUCGCCAGUCCUUCCGACAUGCGCCACCUCAAAGCCAUUCUGUAGGUGAUGGCAGCUCUGACAAACGCAAGCAGUCCCUGAUCCUUAAUCCUCUGGCAGCUGCCCGCAAGUUCUCCUUCAUUGGGAGCUCUCAACAGACUGGAAACAUGACAGUGGAAGACAGAGUUGAUGAACUCCCAGAGAGAAGAUUCUCUGUAGUACCUGAGGAUGAACAAAUAGAGGAGGCACUUCCGAGGAGUAACCUGUACCAUGAUGAGUUUCAGCAUCUCAGUGGGAAGCGGCGUCAGUCUGUCCUGGAGUUCAUCACCAGUGCCCGGGGGCCUGAGCGCAGAGAGCAGAUGCAGUCAUCUUUCAGUAAGAAGCUGUCCAUCACACCGCAGUACGAUCUUGCAACUGACCUGGACAUUUACGCCCGCCGCCUGUCCAAGGAUGGUGUUUAUGACAUUAGUGAAGAUGUGGAUGAGGAAGACAUGGAGCAAUGCUUUGCAGAUGAACGUGACAGAAAUGUCUUUGAAACUACCUCAUGGAACACUUACCUACGUUAUGUAAACACCAACAAGAACUUAGUCUACGUCCUCAUUUUCAUCAUCAUUGUCUUUGCCUUUGAGGUUGCUGGUUCAGUCAUCGGUAUUUUCUUCAUUACUGAUUUGAGCCAGAAGGACGCUGCUAAGCCUGGACCACCUAACAACAUCGAUGAGCAGCAUCCCAAUACAUCAUCGCCCCCUGUCCAUACUGGUGUUAUUCUCACACCUAACAGUGCUUAUUACAUCAGCUACAUCUUUGUAGCCCAUGCUGACAGUAUACUGGCCCUGGGAUUCUUCAGGGGUCUCCCUUUAGUGCACACAUUGCUCACUGUGUCCAAAAGACUGCAUGAGCAGAUGCUUAGUUCUGUGCUCCGCGCCCCCAUGUCUGUGUUAAACACUAUGAAAACAGCCAGGAUCAUGAACAGAUUCACCAAGGACAUGGCCAUCAUAGAUGACAUGCUGCCACUGGUGCUUUUUGACCUCAUACAGGUGUCAUUGAUCGUCGCAGGUGCCAUCUUCACUGUUUCCAUCAUGCGGCCAUACAUCUUCAUUGCUGCUCUUCCAUUGGCUUUUAUCUAUGUUUUACUCAGGAAGUACUUCCUACGAACUGGGCAGCAACUUAAAGUACUGGAGGCUGAAGCUCGUACCCCGAUCUUCUCCCAUCUCAUCCUCUCACUAAAGGGUUUAUGGACAAUUCGGGCAUUUGAGCGUCAGACCUACUUUGAGACACUCUUCCACAAGGCGCUGAACACUCAUACGGCCACCUGGUUCCACUACCUGUCUGUUCUGCGAUGGUUUCUCUUCCGCUGUGACAUGCUCUUCACUGUGUUCUUUACCACUGCUGCCUUCAUUGCAACAGGAACCAACAGGGACCAACCAGGACAGAUUGGCAUUAUUGUGGCCCUAGCUAUACUCAUCUGUGGGGUUUUCCAGUGGGCUGUCAUUACCAGCAUCGCUGUAGACGGGAUGAUGCGGUCAGUGAAUCGGGUUUUCAAAUUCAUUGACCUGCCAUCAGAGGACCCUGGAUCAGGGACAUCUUGUGGUAAAGGCCCUGACCUCGUCAUCAACAACCCCCAUGCACAGGACAACUGGCCCAAUCGUGGCCAGCUGGACGUCCAGGGCCUCACAGUGAAAUACACAGAGGCUGGACGUGCCAUCCUCAACAAUGUCUCCUUCUCUGUGGACGGGGGACAGAGCGUUGGUCUGCUGGGUCGAACAGGUUCAGGGAAGAGCACCCUGCUGUCUGCUCUGCUGCGUCUUACCUCCACAGAAGGAGACAUCUUGAUUGAUGGUGUUUCCUGGAAUUCUGUCUCAUUGCUAACAUGGAGGAAGGCCUUUGGUGUGGUGCCACAGAAAGUCUUUAUCCUGACUGGAACUUUCCGGAUGAACCUGGACCCACAUGGGAAUUACAGUGAUGCAGAGUUGUGGAAAGUGGCUGAGGAGGUGGGUCUGAAGUCUGUGAUUGAGCAGUUCCCAGACAAGCUAGACUUUCAGCUGGAGUACGGAGGCAGCGUGCUGAGCAAUGGACACAAACAGUUGGUUUGUCUCGCCCGUUCCAUCCUCAGUAGGGCCCGUAUCCUGCUGCUGGAUGAGCCUUCUGCCUACCUCGACCCUAUAACACUUAAGGUCCUGAGGAAGACACUGAAACAGGUGUUUUCGAGCUGCACUGUCAUCAUGUCAGAACACAGGGUGGAGCCACUGACAGAGUGCCAGUCAUUCCUGAUGAUUGAAGGCAGCUCCAUGAAGAGCUAUGACUCCAUUCAGAACCUUAUGAACGAGAAGAGUCACCUCAAACAGGCCAUGAGCAUGGCCGACCGGCUCCGCCUCUUCCCAACACUUCACCGCCUUAACUCCAGCAAGAGGCCGCAGCCACAGACCGCUAAGAUCUCCUCGCUGCCAGAGGAAGCAGAGGAUGAAGUUCAUGACACAAGACUCUAACUGGCCAGCUGCAAACACACACAUACACACCUGCAGAGACCACUGUAAGGGUAUUUGAAUCCCACUGAUUUUGGGUAAUUUCAGAAGCAAUAUUGACCAGCCCAUAAUGACAGAAUCUCAGAAUCUGUCCUUUUUAUUAACCGCUUACUCAAGCCAAGAGUUGGUUGGAGCCUAUUCCAACUAACACAGAGUGAAAGGCAGAGUAAGUAAUAGUAUUUUAACAACCUUUUAUUGCAGGUGUGCGUAACUUAAAAACAACACAGCUGCAAGUUUAUAAAUAUUAUGAUUUUACUUUCAAAAAAAGGAGCCCAAGGGUGGAUUUUAUCAUUAAAUUUGAAAAAAAAAAAAGAACAGUGUGUGUGUGCAUGUGAGUGUGUGUGAGUGAAUGAAUGAAAGGCUUCACAAGCACACUGCAGGAAGAUAAAAAGCAUAAGAUAUAAAAGGACUAAUCUGGGCUUCAGUCUGAAUAACUGGACACUUUGCUGUUUAACUCAUUAAAAUGCUUUUGCAGGUUUCAGUGACACUCUUGGUGCUGCGUACACAGUACACCGGCUGUUUCAGCAUAAACAAUUCUCACAGAUGUUCUCUUCUGCAUUUUGGGAAAAAAUUAAUUCCACUCUUUUUGUAUUUUGCAUUAUUUGUUGUUUUAAAAGCAUUUUUAUUGGUUGCAGUUGGGGUAUCAGAAAGCUGUGGCUCUUGAACAGCCAGCUCAUUUUCACUGGAGCUUUUGUCUUUCAGGACUGAACUUCUAAUUACAGCCACUGUAGAAGUCUGACUUCUUAUAUGCAUCUUGAAUGAGUGUGGAGUGUAUAACUGAGCACUGUGAGCAAACACUAACACAAUAAGAAUGUGCUAAAAUGAAAGACACAUAAUUGUUCUGUUGUGCCAUCCAGGCAGGAGCCCCUUCACAUUCCCCAAAGACAGCCAUUCAAAUCCCACUGUUUAAAUUAACUUUAUAUACGAGGCAUCCCAACAGCCAAGUGGUUAGUGAGGGUGAGAUUACCUUUACUGCAUGUUAUUCCGCUGCGCUCUUUUGCCAGAUUUCCUGUCUCUAACACUUCACUGUCUACUAAAGGCAAAAUGGCAACAAAUAUCUCUAUAAAAGGCUUACAGUUCCUCCACACCAUACACUGAAUCCCCUAAUCCAGAUUAGUUUGUGAUAUUUUUUGAGAUGUCUCCCAUUUUUUUCUAAAUUCCAUUGAUAUGUUUUUGUUUAAUAUCUUGUAGCAGCAAAAAGAAAAAGAAAAAAGAAUCCAUCCAUCCAUUCUCUU